ACAACCCCCACCCUUACGGUGCCGCUCUUCGUCGAGUAAGGUCGCCUGACCUCUAACGUAAAACUUGGGAACUAACGGCAAACUCGCUCACAGCAAGCGAAUGGGAAAUAUGCGAAUGUAUUGCUCGUAUUCGGAGUUCGUGAAGACCCUCAGUGCAGGCGAGAUCAUGCGGACGGUUUAAUAACGUGAUUGUGUUUAUUUGUGUGUGUGGAAUAAAAGGUGAAGUGAGACAUUAGUUGCUGUUAUCAGUCACCUGAGUCAAAAUUGGGAUUUUUAAGACAAUAGAUUCGCUCAUGUUCACCACAAAUGAAAAGUGAUCAUCAAAACUGCUCAAUAAUGGGAACGUGAUGCCACUAUGGCCUCGCCAUGAGUGAGGGUGGCGGUGAGGCUAUGGGUCCCUCCUUUGCAGGAGGGUACCCACCCUCUCAAACCCCUACUCCCUCCUCAACUGUUCCGGACACUGGUGCAGAUAAUUCCAAGUCUUCGUCUUCCGCUGGUCUUCCACCUUUCAGCUCAUUCUCAUCCGAAAUGUCCAACGAAGGACUAGGCUCGCGCCUGGGGCCUGAAGGUUUCGGAACAGAGCCCUUCGCCACUGGGCGAUUGAUAACAGAUAUCUCUGGAUGGGGAUACUAUGAAGAAGGUUUGACAGGCCGACUGUUAGACAGAGGUGACGGAUUCCCUAUGUUAAUUCCUCAGCCACAAUACCGUCCAUGGGAGAGUAAACCACUAGAUUCUACCUCUCAGGACAGUUUAAUCAAGCCUGCGGACUAUCCCUUAUCUCCUGCAACAAUUGCCAACAAAUUGCCAUCAUUCCAAUCUCAAUUUAAUUCAAUUCCAGAGCAAAAUGGAGAACCGGUUUCUCUGACAACGCUCACUCCUGCUCCUCCUUCCCCUUGCAAUUCCUCUACUGGUUUACCCAGCUUCCAUACACUUUCUGCUGUCCCAAGAGGGUACCCACUGGUGCCGGCACCAGUUCAAGCAAGGGAAGUUCCAGCCAUUCAGCAACAGUUUCUGGAUGAAAGACACAUUCAUUUGUUCCAAACCCCUCCGACGCAGUAUCAUUUUGCUCAACCUCAACAAACUACUCUCCUUACUGUUGUCAAAACUGAGCCCGUUGCUCUUGUAACUUCACAAGGUGUGUACCAAAAUGCCAUGACAGUGUUAGAUCACGAUCAAAUCAAAAUGGAAGAAAGUCUUUCACCGCGAGGUCUUCAUGAAAGAAAGAAGGAAAGACGAAAAAUACGUGCCUCAUCUCUAGAAAGCUCAAUAGAAAGUGACGGAAUUGGUAGUUCAAGUGUCGAAAGUUCGGGUCAAGUAGCUGCUGUUUCGAGUACAGCCGGUUUCAAAUCGCCCAUGAUGCAGCACCAAAACAUGGGAUCCAUGAGUGGCGGACCUGGUCUUUGCCAUGAUGUUGAAGAUUGUGAAAAUGGCAGCAAUGAAAAGCAAACCAAGAAAAAACGCAAGCGCUGUGGUGAAUGCAUUGGUUGUCAAAGGAAGGAAAAUUGUGGCGACUGUGCUCCGUGUCGGAAUGAUAAAAGUCAUCAAAUAUGCAAGAUGCGAAGGUGCGAGAAACUCACAGAGAAGAAGCACUUAUUGUACCUGAGUAAUGAUUAUGUCCGGGGCGAAAGUCGGCGGGGGAGAGGGAAAGGCAGCAGAGCUUCAACGGGUUACCGGAAGUCACGCGGGAAUUCGUCGCAGGCAAGCACGCCGCAACCGUCCACCCCGGCAGGAGCCAUCAAUGGUGUAGUCGAUUCCCCAAAUAUGAUGAGUCUACCUGAACAUUCUGUCUCAUCAGUUAGAGCAGAUGUCAAGAUAGAAUCUGGAGUACCUGUUACAGAUCCGUCACUCACGCCAGGCCUGACCAUGCCAUUCUAUGGGACUGGUGUUCAGUCAACAAAUAUUGUAGAUACCAGUAGUUUUGUUCCACCAAUCAGAGAACAUAGGUUUCCUAAUGCUGUUUGGCAACAAACUUCAGUGCCAGCUCCUGAUCCAAGUAAUCCAGGUGGCUGGACACCUCAAGGGCAGUUCAUACAACAGUUACCUCCUCCUCCAACGCUGGAUUACCAUCCAACUCAAUAUUCUUAUCACCAAAGUUCACCAGGGUAUCAACAAACAGCUCAAGGCACGUUUAUGCAAACACCAAAUGGGAGCUACCAAAACUCACAACCAUCCCCUUUAGUUAAUGGUGGCGUAACACCAACUGUAAAUUCAAAUCAACAGCUGAAUGGCUCAACGAUGGAAUAUGUUGAUGCAUCACCUAGACCAUCUGAAUUUGUCAAUGGGACUUACAGUCAUUCAAAUCAAGAUGUCACAAUGAUACCUCCUUCAACAACACCAAACAGCAGGUGCAGUUCUGUUCAUGCGGAAAGCAACGGAGAUGCUGUUAACAAUAUCCCUAGCUCUGUAGUCAAAACACCAACAAGCAACAGCUUCUCUUCUGGGCAGGGAAACGCAAUGCCUGGGUACCCACAUCAACUACCUCCCCAAUCUCAGCAGAGUUCACACAACUCUAAUGGGUACCCAGGCGGUGAAAUAAAUUCUGGGGAACAGUCAGCUGAACAAGAGUCUCUUAAACUGAUGAAAUCAGAAAGGCUCAGUCCUUUCUCCCCUCAGUCACCUUGGGCAAAUGCUCGAUCUCAAAAUUUUUCGGGAAAUAGGAAUGAGCGAAAUAAUUCAGAAAAUCUUCCUAACAAUGAUGUAAAUAUUUCCUCAUAUCAGCAGCAGUCUGAACAGCCAAGCCAUGCAAGUAGUCAUGUUAACAGCCGGUUAAAAAACAUGAUUUUAAAUAAACAACAAAACAACCAACAGCAGCAACAAAACUUAAAUUUACAGUACCAGCAACAGCAACAUCAUCAGCAACAACAACAGCAACAACAACAGCAGCAACAACAGCAGCAACAGCAGCAGCAUCAACAGCAGCUACAACAACACCAACAACAACAGCAGCAGCAGCAACAACAACAACAACAACAACAGCAGCAGCAGCAGCAGCUACAGCAACAACACCAACAACAGCUUCAACGACAACAUCAACAGCAAAUGGCUGAAAGCCACCUAGAGCAUCAACAGCUACAAAGAAACCAAAGUAUACAGUCGCCAAAUCCUGAAAGUUACGGCGGCAGUGGAAUGCACCAACAACAUCAGCAGCAGCAAUAUAUGAUAAACGAAUCUAAUAAUUCCAAAUCUCCAAUGAAUAAUUUUUUAGCCCAAGGCCACCAUCCUCGGAACUUAGUUACUGAGGGUGGUGGCGUUAAACAAUGGAACUCUCACGAAAGAGUUCCAGUAGCAGAUGCUAAUGCCUCCGCUGCAAAAUUUUUCUUUAAGUAUGUAAGCCCCACAAGAAAUGCAAAGGAAGAUUUCAUAACACAUAUCAACCCAAUGCCCUUAAACACAAAUUAUGUUAAUACUCACAGCAAGUUAACUGUUCCCUUUCCUCCGUUCCCUAAAUCUGAUUGGAAUAUUCAGAAUAUUAUCAAGCAGGAGACACCAUCAGAAACUGACAUAAAUUUUAACAUCAAAAAAAGUUCUUCUAUAAUGAAACCAUUAUCUGAGGAGCCACAAGAGAGUGGACAUUAUUUUCCAGGAAAAUGCUUGAUUAAUGGUUCAACUACUAGUGAAAAACUGCAAAAAAAUGAUCGCAAUAAAUCGUGGCCUUCGUACAAACCUCAAGACCUUGUAAACAGUGCAUCAUACGUCCGAAAUAAUCACAGCUUGAAUGGAAUGCCAAUUUUUAAUCCUGAACGUUUUGAAACGCAUAAAAGAGAACCUGUUACCUCUUUGUAUGAUCCUGGCUAUUUUCCUUCAAAUCAAUUUCCAGUAAAAAACCACCCUAAAAAAUGUCUGCCUCUGGGCUCUUUUCUGGAACAACCACUAAAGACAGAUCCAGCUAAGCGCUCUGAAAAUUAUUCCUGUCGGAUUGAAAAGGAAGUGGAUCAUAAAUCAAAGGUUAUAAUCGAAGAUCGAAGGCCUGCAGGAAUCAAAAUCUGUCAUGUGCCAAGAUAUCAAGAGAUUCCUUUUGGAUCUGAUCCAAGAUUAACUUCGGGAAAAAUUAAGGAGGAAAAAUGUGAUGGAUCUGAACUCAAGUCCAGUUUUAUUUUUGGUGCGGGCGGAGGGCCUUGUUCAAUGGAGACUACAGGCGGGUCGUGGUGCUGUAGGCAAGGAGGAGUGCAAACUCCAACCGCUGAACACUGUUGUCAAGGGUUGCAGACGAAGGAUGAAGUUCUAGAAUCAAAUGAAGACGAUGAGAAAAAUGUUACGGUGAAGGACGAAAAGAGCAGUUUAUUAGAUUGUAAGCCAGAAAUGGAUAAUAUCAAUGACGUGAAACCUCCUAUCUCAUCUCCGAAUAUGUCAGCAAAAGAAUUUCAGGAGCAUAUUGAAAGGUUGAAAAAUAACAUCAAAGUUGAAGUUCCUGACUGUAACUGUUUUCCUGCGGAUAAAUUUCCACCAGAGCCUGGUUCAUAUUACACUCACCUUGGAGCUGCUGAAUCCCUACCGGAGCUGAGGAAAGAUCUUGAGAAAAGGACAGGACUAAAAGACAAAGCAAUCAGAGUAGAAAAGAUCUUGUACACUGGUAAGGAAGGAAAAACAUCGCAAGGCUGUCCCAUGGCAAAAUGGAUAAUUCGUAGAGCAUCAACCGAGGAGAAGGUAUUGGUGAUUGUAAAGUAUCGACAAGGUCACAAAUGCUCCUCAGCAUGGAUUGUCGUUGUUCUUGUGGCGUGGGAGGGUGUGCCAACAUCAGAAGCUGACUGCCUUUACUCCAUGCUCACUCAUAAAUUGAAUCGAUAUGGUUUACCAACUGUUCGAAGAUGUGCCACAAAUGAACCGAGGACUUGUGCUUGCCAGGGAUUGGAUCCCAAGACUUGCGGAGCCUCGUUCUCUUUUGGAUGUUCUUGGUCCAUGUAUUACAACGGUUGCAAAUAUGCCCGAAGUAAAACUGUUAGAAAAUUUCGACUAUCAGUCCGCUCAGAGGAACAAGAAGUCGAAGAACGAUUGCAGUGUCUGGCGACCAAUCUUUCCCCACUCUACCACUCAUUAGCGCCCGAGGCGUGGAAUAAUCAGACUCAGUUUGAGCGAGAGGCUUCCGACUGCAGACUAGGUCUCAAACAAGGCCGUCCAUUUGCCAGUGUUACAGCUUGUAUCGACUUUUGUGCUCACGCACAUCGGGACCUGCAUAACAUGAACAAUGGAUGUACUGUCGUCGUGAGUUUGACGAAACAGCGGGGUCUCUCGAAAGGCGAAGAUGAACAGCUCCACGUGUUACCACUCUAUGCAAUGGACGAUUCGGACGAGUUCGGAGAUAAAAUGGCUCAGGAAGAAAAAGUGAAGAAAGGAGCUGUUGAAGUACUGACUAAGUAUCCAUGCCAAGUCCGAGUACGAGCUGUUCCUUUGCAGCCGUGUCGGAGACAAGGGAAGAAGAGGAAAGAGGAGGAGCUAGAGGCAGCCUCUGAUAAGAACAAAGCAACCUCGGAAAGUCAAGAUCUGCCCCCCAAUACCUAUUUGCCCAGUGAAAUAUCUGUUUCAGAAAGGAUAGAGUCUCAGCUACAAAGUUCUCAGGUAUCAUCAACUGUAUUGGAUAGUCCCAUCUCAUCGUAUCCUGGUUGGAUGUUUCCACCUCAGGCUCAGUACCUCAAUCGUGAAAUGUAUCACAGUCCUCAUCCUGAGUGGUUUCAGUCCUCAUAUCAGCCGGCACCAUAUUUAAAUUGGGUGGAGCCAAUAUCAUGGAACACCUCAACUCCUCUUCAUUCCAUAGAUAAUUGGACAACUACUGGAUCUGGCAGCUUUAGUUUUGAGGGAAGUUUCAAAAGAGAGCUCAAAGUGGAUGCAGACAGCACAACCAAUGGCUUGUUUCGCGGUGCCUUUAGUUCGCCUCAUAAAAUAGUCACCUCGCCCAGUGUCGGGCAUCAUCAGCCCCAAUUGAACGCAGUGAAUGCUGCCAGCAGUUGGUCAGCUUUACCUGAAAGGGGGAACCCGAAUCUACCUCAGGGACACUAUUCAGACAUAUCGGCCCCUGGACUUUCACCCUUCGAACAGUCAUUUCAUACGAGAGGUGAAAAUCGCACCAACAGUGGUGAUCCUCGAAACAAAAUUAGUUUUAAUCCAACUUUAGAUGUUAAGAAGCAGCACAAUUUGAGUGAUAACUUACUGAACGAACCCACACACUCACAGAUUAACGUCAGACAAGAGUCAGCAUUCAGCUCUCCUUCUAGUCAAACUUCUCAGUAUUCAAACCUCCCACCAGAAAGUUCUGGCUGGACCUCGUUGGAUCCUCUGGACACCUCUCACUGGAGUCGCAACAGCUCAGAGUCUUCUAAUGGCGUAAAGUCUUCAUCUUCUUUUCGAGUGCCAUCUGGGAGACCACCAUCCCUAAGUGGCUCCGUUUCGGGGCCAUUAUAUCUCCCUCAUAAUGGGAAAGCCACCAGUGCACGCUCGCCGAGUUUUCCACAAAACCUCAGUGAAAAAUCGUACGAGUCGUCAAGCGGUUACGGAUCAAACACCUCCAGAAGCUCAGUUCUUUCAGAAUCUUCUAGUUCAGAAUUCAGUCAGUCACCGUGUGAAAAUAAGACAGCAUUUAGUAGUUUAGAUACUUCAAGCAAAACUUGGUUUGAAGACAGUCCUUCUUUAAGUGAUAAAUCCGCAGAGUCUAAGUCAAAUGAUCUCAGUCAAUUUUUAAAAAGAGAUUCUGAGUGUGUAAGUUUUUCCGCUCCAGUGCUAGGAUCCGAUCAUCAAUCGUCAAUGUAUUCUGUCGGAGACUGGUCCAGAAAAUCUGGAGUGAAUCCUAUCAAUGGCGUAUCAUCAAAACCAGUUAACUACAUAAAUGCUCACAUGAAACCAGAAGUUGUGCUGCAGAAACAGCCUGUGCACCAAGCCAACAACUUAACUUAUCAGGCACUUCAUGAUGCUAAUCUGAUUCACUCGUCUCCUCUCAACAAUCUGCCUCCAAGCUAUAACAUGAAGCCUCACUUCUCUCAGGAGAAUUCUAACCAAGACUCAAUUGGAUCUCAUCCGUUACCGAAUACAUGUUAUAGCUCACAAAGUCUUCAUCCACAGUUACGGACCAACUUUGAGAAUAUGCCUCAGUACUAUCCACCCAAUCCUGCUUUGGGGCCCUCAAAUUCCCAUUUAGCUCCAUCUGUGCCUUAUCAAAGCCAGGGAAUCCAACAAUCAUCAAAGCUGGAUUUAUUUGGUGGGACAUCACCCUUUGAUCCAGUUGCAACAGAAGCUCCUAAAGCAACCGAAAGACUAGGACAAGUAUUAGGUCAUUCGGAUAAUGAAGAGUGUUUCAGAGAUUCACAAAUUGGCGGUGUGGCAAUUGCUCUCAGUCAUGGAUCCGUCCUGUUUGAAUGCGCAAAACAUGAACUGCAUUCAACGACAGCGCUGAAAAAUCCCAAUCGCCAAGAGCCGUCACGCAUAAGCUUGGUAUUCUACCAGCAUCGCAAUCUAAACCGGCCGAAACACGGAUUGGACGAGUGGGAGGAGAAGAUGAGGCUUCGGAAAUUAGGCAUCACGACAUCUCAGUCAAACAUACAAAGUACAUCCUCUUCAACUGCAGCUUCCUCUGUCGCCUCCGAUUUUUUCCAGCUUCUCCCGUCGAAAGACAAAGUCUCCUUAUCCUCAUCGCAAUGCAUGAUGAGGGCACUCACCGCGACAACAACUACAUGGACAACACUGUUUCCUAUGCACCCGUGUAUGAUCAGUGGACCCUAUCAAGAAGAUGCUCCUGUUCCUUCAUAGUGACUCUCUAGUAAAUUUGUUACAAAUAAUGCUCCUUGGCAAUGAUUUUUACAUUUUCAACAGAUGUUGAGAGCCCAACGGUCCUCUCUAUUUCCAUUACAUAGUGUUUUUCAAAUGCUCACAAGAAACUUUUUCAAGUUUCUGCGUUGUAUAUUAUGUGUAAAGGGUAUGGUUACAGGUUUCUUCCCGGUUUUACAAAUAAUGUGAUUUGAAUUGGUUUAAUACUUAUUUUUUGUAGGGGUUUUUCCUCUACUUUUUUAAAUUUGGAGAAAUAUUUCUACCCGUAUAACUAGUUUAAUUAUCUGAAAAGGAUAGUUUAAGCUGUGUACACCACUGGAUUUUGACCACAAGCCUAGACAUAUUUACUUCACUGGCAACAAAUAGCCACAAAUGGUGGAUGAAAAAUUGGCUCGCUUUUUUUUCUCUUUUUCCCUCCAAAAACUUGUAAAACUUAUUUUAAAUUGUGUCUAGCGUUUGAUUUUCUUCUCUCAGUCGCAAUACGCGAUAGAUUCAUUAAAGUUGUGCAAAUAUUUUGUAGAAGGUAUGAGUGCUUCUUUAUUUUACAUUUUUUCUUGAAUCUACAAAUUAGGAGAAAAUUUCUAAUCAAAAACUUUUUAAAUAUUAGAUUGGAUUUUUUUUACUCAUUAAUUUUUUGCUGGUCAAAAUUUAAGGAAAGUUAAUUACUUUUUUAAGGAGAAAUUCUAGUUAUCAUUUCCAACAUAUCAUAUUCUAAUAUUUUAAAUUCUCAGCGUAAAAGUUGCAUUGUAAAAUUAAUCACUCGGAAAACUUCAGUUCCCAUUUCAUCAUAUAUUUUAUGAAGCAAACAUGAGAAAAAAUGACAAAGUGUAAAUAUUUUAUUGCCAUUAUAAAAUAACAUGGGAAAAAUAUGAGAAAGAAAGAAAAAAAUUACCUCUUAGAAAAAAAGAGAGAAAAAUUGUGAGAAGCGGUCAUUUCAAUAGUUUUGAAUGAAAUCAUCAGAAUAACUUUUCCUAGGUACAAUCAUUAUUAGGAUCAAAACAUAAAAAUUUUAUUUGUCAGCGAGUUAAAGAAAAAAAUCAGUGUUGUGUACGGUUAGACAAAAAUGCCUAAUUGUUUUAAAAUUCCAAGCCUAUUUUAUAUAAUCCUACUUAUAGUACAAAAUCAAAUCAUCGUAAUCAUUAAAUUGUAUAUUUUAAUAAAAACAAAUUUGCGAUUGUUCAAAGCUUAAAAGUUUCUUUCUAUUUAUUCGCUGUUCUAAUUUUAUUUUUUCUAUCAGACAAAUUUAUUUGAGCCGUUUAAAAGAAGAAAAAAACAAAAUCUUAUUUUUUUUUUAUAUAAAGUAGUGUUAUGUAAAGUUAUUUAUCAUCAGUAUAAUAAAAAAAAAUCUUUGUAAGUACAUUUGAUGGGUUAAACUAUCUCCUACUUUAUAAGUACCUGAUUGAUAAAUUUUUCAGCCUUUUUUAAAAUAAUCAGUUUUGAAUGAUGUUCAUUUGAAAACUUUAUUCAACGUUCUAAGCUGUAUUUCAACAUUUAUCAAUGUUAACUUUGUUCAUAUGCUUACUACGGUAUUUUUUGGAUUUCAAUUUGAACCUGUAGAUUUGUAACUUAAUAAUUUUGUUCGUGUUUUUAAAUCGUCUCGUUUUAUUGUCAGCUCAGUCUUUAUUUGUGUCACUUUUCAAUUUAAUUCAUUUCCAUUAUUUGUCUCUCCCUUUGCACUAUUGUCAAGCAAUUCAUGAAAAGUCCAAAGUUCAGUCAUAUGAUUAGGCUGGGAUAUCUUUUUUUAAUACGAACAUUUUCAAAGGAUGUUUUCACCUUUCUUGAUCAGAAUGUUUUAUAUCCUGUUUAGGUCAUGAACUGUAUCUCUUACCCUGUAACUUGAUAUCAGUUUUAAUUUUAACAAUCCUUGUUUCAUAUUUUUGGUAAAAAGUAUAAGUUAUGAAUAAGUUAUUGAACUACUGCUGGUUUUCUAAGUUGCAAAAACGAAAUAGAGAAUAUCCAUUUAACUUUUUGCAUUUACAGUUCUCUCAGCAUUCCACUAUGUUUUUCUUACAAAAAGAAAAAUGGAGAAACAGUGAUUUCGUUCUUGUGAGUGAAUCUUCCUGCUCAAAUCAGACGAUUAGUCAUCUUUUUGACUAUUUCUCUAGUCCGGAAAAACUGCAUCCAUUUUCUGGCUUAAGCCUAAAAAUUGUAACAGCAAUUUUUAUAAUGUCUGCAGUGCAUGACUACAGUUUUCAGUAGCUUGCUGUCGUGCAAGUUCUGCUGUCAUUGUUUUUUUUUUUUUUCAUUUUUUUUCUUUAUCCUAGCUAUCAAAAGAGUAUCUGUCAAAGGCUCUGUUAGCGUUGAAUUGACUAUUUCAAUACAGGAUUUAGAUAUAACCAUGAGUAUUUUGUUCAAUCUUCUCAGCAUUUUUUGUAACAAAGAAAGCAUUUUGGUGUUAUCAUCUACAAGCACAAUAAUUUUCUUGCAUGUCUGGUUCCGUUAAGGUAUCUUUGUUUGUACGCUUUGCAAAAAUUAAUAAUUAAAAAAAAGGAAAAAAAAAAUAUGUAAGACAAAAUUUGAACAUAAAAAAGAGCAUGGUUUUAAUAUCCUGAAUUCUUGUACGAAGAUGAAACCCCUUUUUUUUGAUCUCAACAAAUAAUUAUCUAGGAUCUAGUGUAAUUUUAUAAUGAUCGUUUUGUAAUGUACCUAUACCGUCUUUUCUAUUUUAUUUUUUAAAUUUAUUGUACAGAUUUCAAUCUAAACCAGCUCCUUUUUUCCAUACUCUGCGUGGAAUGAGACAUCAUUUCAUUUAUUUUCUAACAUUUGAACUCUUUUUUCCCUUGUAUAGUUAUUGAAUGAGAGGCUUUUGAAAUAUUCAUCUAUUUCACUGUGUUGCAAGGGGUUAAUAUGGGCUGUUUUUGGCUCAGCAGGAUGUAGAUAAUUUUAAGUUUUCAAAAAUAUGGUGGAUAGGGUACUGGGACAGUAGGUAAAUUUCCCCUCACCUGGCCGCAUUUAAUUUUGAGUAUGAUUCAAAUUUCUAGAACGGUCUUAGCCAGAUUGUAAGAAAUCAAGCAACAUUGUCUCGAGUUUCAGAAAUUCAUAAUAGGUUAAUGGAGGAACUCUGCUAAUAUUUUGACAUGCACCAAAAAGGUAAAGAUUUUGCAUGAAGCGCAAUUUAAAAAUUGGCAUCUCUUGUCCCUGAUUAAACCUUAACUUAAUGUUCUUAAAUUACAGUAAAAGAAAUUAUCAAUGCUCAAAUUGUGAGGUGAGGGCUUAUCGGCUAGAGGCCGAUUGGUCGCUCUGAUAAAUUAUGAAAAAAAGGUGUUCACUUUCUUAAAAAGUCCUGAGGAGCUGCCGAUAAUUACUUUUCGGUUUUCUGGGCUCCAAACACCCCUUAUUGAUUCUUCCCUUGUUACUGUUAUGUGUUCAUGUUAAUCGUUGAAAGUCACCUUUUAACUGCUCUUUUGGUUGGAUUAAACCAAAGAAAAUUAAUUAAUUCAAUUCUUUCAUCUCAAGAAUUUGACUCUUUGUUUAUUCGCCCUCCCCCUCCCCUGUAAAAUUUAUUUUCCUGUAGUCAGUAUAUUUUUUAGUUUAAUUUAUCUAAUUUAUUUGUAAAAUAUCAUUUCGUGACUUGUACACAUUAUAAAUGUUUUGUGUUGUUAUUUAUUAUUUCAUUUGUGUAUUUAUUUUUUUAUUUAUUAAUUUUUUCUUUUUUUUCAUUGUCUUACUUUUACGUUAGUUUUACACACCUACCCAUUUUUGGUCCUUAAAUCUUUCGAGUGUAUUGUAGGCUUAAACCCUGUAGUUUUAAAUUUUAUUGUUUCUCAAGCGUUCUGUUUUGUGUUUUUUUUUUACUCUUUCCUCUCUGCUCAUUCCGCUGUUUUUAUUUGGAAAACCUGUUUUUAUGUUAGGUUAAUCUUUCAAUUGUUCAUUUCAUCUAGUCUUCUUUGUAGGUUUAAAAUUAUGUUACUCUAACAUCUCACCACUCUCUCUAAUGAUUUUCUUUCACCAUUUUUGCGUUGUUUACGCUUUUGACUUCAAAGUUACCCAUCAUCUCUUGUUCACUAAGGGAAAUGAUUCAGUAUUCACCAUUUGAAAUAAUUGAAUGCAGAAAAAACAUGAGAGAAGUUAUAGACCACUCAAUUUUGCUGGGUGUCAAAAUGAAGAAGUGAAGCUGCAUUUUUGACUACAGCACUAGAUACACGAAGAGAUCUCCAAAUUUCAUAAAUCCUACUUUUCAUUCAUUAUAAUUCUACACCCUACAUUUACUCCUAAGACUAAAUAAAAGCAUCUACAUUAGCAUAAGCAUCUAUAAGUUGUUAUUUUUUGUUCCAUAAUCUAACUAAUUUGACUAAUUUACAAACACCUUUCUCUUACGAAUUUCUGUUUAAUUUAUUUUCUUACUUAAUAAUCGUAAGUCUCUCAAACUACCAUGCUGCCAGGGUUUUGGUUCUAGUAAGAAAUAUAGGAAUGAUUUCAUUCAAUUUCAAGCAAAUAUCCACGAGUGAAUUUGGUUCAGUUUAUGACAUACUGCCAACCUUUGUCAAUACAAAACGAAAUUCCCUCCAGACAACAGUGCCCACUUCUGUAGGUGGGUCAAGAAAUGAAUUCUUGCAAACGUUGAGUGCAAGUCAUCAAACCCCCGAGUUCAGCUCUUGACUUCUGGUGACUGUUUUUUUUUUGUCUGUCAGCAGGUUUGUGAAAUCUGGCUUAAAAGUGAACCAAAUUCCUCCUGUAGAAAUGUGUCAAUUGCUUUGUUUGCUUAUGUUGAUCAUUCGUAGUACGACUUCUCGGAACAAGAUAUCCCUUUCAAAACUUACUUUCAAAUCUUUCGCUCUAAGACCUAUCAAUGCCGCAUUUUUACCUCUCAGGCCAAGUUUAAUUAAAUAUAAGCUGAUAAAAAAAUGUAGGUAAUAACUAUCAUUGGAGAUUUAAGGACCUAAGUUAAUUUUAGUUUUAAUUUUUACCCAUUGUAAAAAGUAUUUUGUGUUCCUCUCUCUACAUAAGAUGUUUCACAAUCAUAUUUCAUUUUUCUCUUUAACAAUUGAAUUGGCAAAGUAGAAGGAUGUCCUAUCUCCACCCCACUCCUCCUGUCUUUCCAUUCCGUCAUAAAAUUUGAACAAGUUUUCUCAAACUGAUUGCAGUUUACUUUUUUUUGCUCACUGAGACCAAGUUUUGUAUCAAUAAGCCCCGUGUUUUCUUUUUUGUACAAUGAGUUAUGAGGUUAUGAAUCGAGAAUCUUUCAUUUUCAUCUGAACCAAUCAACAGCUAGUGUUGACAGGGCAAAUAAAUGGCUCGUAAUUUUCCCUCCAUUUUGUGAUUAGCUACCAAAAAUCGGAAAAUUUGUUUAUCUUUUUGCCCUCAGGCAUUGUAAAUAAUCAUGAAAUUACAGCGUGUUUUUCAACAUACCUUGGUUGUACCUACAUAUUUUAUUGUACUUUUUUAAUUUUAAAUGCCUUGAUAUCUAGGCAAAAGAAGAAAAAAUCAGAAAUAAAAACAGAUAUUAUUUUCAAGGGACACAUUCUUGCUUUUUUUCGUGUUGCGUCAAUGCUCUGAUUCUUUGUAUUUGUAGGUUCAACUUGGUGUUUCAAUAUCCUCAGAAAAUUUGCCAUAUCGUAUUUGUAAAUGAAUCAUUUCAUUCAAUAUAUUUUUGCCAACAUAUUUUACAUCUGCAAAAGAAAAAUUUGAACAAAGAUAAGGAGAUCCAUUUAACGUUUAAAACAAACAAUUUUGAUUUAACACUACAAAAUUUCUCGUCAUGAUACCUUCAUUUUAAAAUUGAUUUGGGCUCUAUUCCAUAUUUUCCAGAAAUCUACCCUGUGAUAACAAAGUGAAAAGCUUGCAAGUUUUCCAUCCCCAUAAACAGUGCAUGAAUCUUUUUUUUCAUUACUCAUUAUUAUUUUGCUCCAAUUCAAGACUGCAGUCAAGCGGUUCCUGAACCCAAUCUCUCCCCCCACCAUCAAAUUUCAAAUUAAGUAUAGAUUCAGAGUUUCUUGGAUCCACCAAGUAAUUACUUCACCAUUUUACGCUUUAAGAAUCUCAGUUGGAAAGAAACCAGCAGUAAAAAUAAAGAAAUGUUAGCUCAAUUUAGAUUUACCCAAUUUUUGUAAUUUUUUUGUACUGUAUAAAAGUAUUUUUAUCUUUAAAAAUUUUAUUGUGAUGUUUGAACAAUUUAAAGGAAUUUUUCCAAUUCUAAUUUUUUUAAAAAAAAAACAAUACUAUCAUUUGUGUUAUACUAAGCUAGUAGCUAAAACUAUUCAAAAAAUUACCUGUUUUGUAUUGAACGUGAAAGCUCUGCAUUUUACCAUCAUUUUACUUUAAUCCGGGGCUGAUAAAUUUCGCUCUCACAUUUUUUCAUUUCGCGCAAAAUUGCAACUGCUUGGAAAGUGAACAAUCAAAUGGCCAAUUUUUAGAUUAAUGCCUCAUUACAACUUACAUCUUUUAUUUAUUUAUUUUUUUUUCUUCACAAUAAUCCUCACGUAGAAGUGCCAAUUUUUUUUCCAAGCCAUACAUUGAAAUUGCUUAUGGUUUUUUUGUAGUUCAAGCAAUCAGAUCAUUUUCUAUACUCAAAUUCACUUUUUCUUGCAGUCUUUUCUUUUUACUUAUCAAUAUUUUAAAGAAUUUUCAUAAAAGUUAGUCUAUGAAUGUCACAAUAUGAACAAACGGCCCUAGCAAGUUUCGAUCGGGUUUCUUAUCAGUUUUGUAUUAAUGCAGGACACCCUUGAGCUCUACCUAAAACUUGGUAUCCAUAAUCUGUAUCUAAGUUACACUUAAAGUUGCAAAACUCAUUCUCGUUUAGGUAUCAAACCUGAAAAAUCUGUCUCUCCUUUAAAUUGUCAGGUCUUUUGAAAUUUUAAUGGUAGAAAUGCUUGCUUUUUCUCACUUGUCAUGCAGACCAUGUCUCUAUUCUCCAGAGUUUUGCUGACUUGGCAUGCCUUAGAAAUGCUGUUGCUUAAAUUAAGACUUUUCCAAUAAAUGCAUGCGGGUCAAAAAGUCGCCCUGUAUGCACUUCUGCUGUUGCCAUCUCAAUCAAACUUAGCCGGUAGAGCUUAAGGGCUUCCUUAAUUAUAAUUUAAGAACCUCUUACUUCAACUCGUCAAAAAUUUCUCAUCUCGUUCUCAUUCAUAUGAUUUAGAGGCACUUCCUCAUUGGAUUUCAAGGUUGCCACAGUUAGAGAUAAUUGGAACAACCGGGAAAUAUCAGAGAAUUUUAAGAAGCCUGGGAAAACCUGGGAGCGCCAGUGAAAAUGAUGAGAGCACAAGGGGAAAAUUGUUAAGUCGCCUUUAUUUGCUUUUUAGAAUGGUUAACGUUUCGAACAACAAAGAUUGCCUGAAAACUAUUUCCAAUUUUGUCUUUUUAAUCAUUUGGCAUUUAUAUUUGGCCAGAGAAAUCAGAGAAAUUCAUUUUCCAAAUUCUGUGGCAAGUCUGGAAUGUCCUCGAGUGAAAAAUUUUAGUGAACAUGCCAUUCAUGUUCGAAGGAUGCAGAAAAAGUCAUUCUAACAGCCUCUCAUUUCAAGUUGGAGGAGUUAGUAAAGAUGUUCAAUAUUUGUUUAUAACACUUGUUGAUUUUUCACCGUAUGGUUUUCAAAAGUAAUAUUUAUUAUUUAUUUAUUUUUUCUUUUUCCAUGAGGCGGUACUACAAAUAUGAGCAAUCAGUAUCUUAUUAAUUUUGAUAGGUUAACUUAAGAAGAAAGGAAAAUAAAAGAAGAAAAGAAUCUUUCAUGAAGUGCUUAAUCAUGACUGCACAAACAUUAGGGUAGAGUGAGGUACAUUAGGCGUUACUUCAAUUUCCUAACCUUCUUUUUCCAUGAGCACUGAAGCAACCAAAAAUUUAUUGGCAAGACCUUUGGGAGAAAAAACGUAAUUAAAUGGCAAGUGUCCUGAGCCAAGAACACAGGAGAGAAAAAUGGUGAUUGGAAAAAGUUUCCUAAUACAUUAGUCACUUAGCCUAAGCAACACUCAAAUUUUCCUUGCCUAUAGUUUUUUGUCUCUCCAAGUUGCAAAAUGCGAAGGAUAUGCAACGACUCAAUCCUCGUAUUUUGGUUUCAUCCGUUGGUUUUCUUUCAGCUUACAAUUAGCCAGGUGCACCAUGAAAUUCUAUUUGAAUUCAUUUGCUCAAUUUUAUCAAUCUAAGAAAACCAAUAUUUCAUUAAGAAGUACUUCCAUCUGUAUUCUUGCUUCUUGCCGUGAAACAUGUUUUUUUAAUUGGUUAAUUUGUAUCGUAUUCCACUUUUCUGAUGUGGAAUAUAAGUCUGCUUACUGACGCCUCACUCAUCCCUAAACGGAUAAAUUAGUCUUUGUAUCUUUUCUUAAAUUAUUUGUAUAAGAUUUUUAAUAUAAUAGUGUGUUGCCAAUAUGAUUAUUUAUUACUGUAAUUUAUUUAUUGAGUUUGUAGUAUUAUCUAUUAAGUAUUUUAUUUUUUAUAAAGUCACAUUCUUGAAUUUUA